AUGCCCUAUACACGUCCCGUCUCCCCGAUCUUCCUCGAAACAUGCGUGCCUUUGCCCUCCGAGCUAGAUUCAGAUGACCUGCUCGCCUCGGAUGACGAGCUGGAUGACGCUGCCCAAGCUGCAAAGUGUCAGCGGGUCGAGAAGUUAGCGGAGUCUUAUCUGCAGGGCAAACCACUGUUGAUUCUCUCCUCGUCGCUCCAAGGCCCGUUCAAUGAGGGAUGGACCAAUCCAUGGAAGAAGACCAGGACACGCGGAGCUGGCGCACCAACGAGGGCUUUAUUGAAUCGCAAAACAAAUGUCCCUGAGCCGGUGGUCCAAGAAACUGAUUUGCGGGCUCCAAAGUACCGAGAGGGUCUAUCGGUUAGCACGCGUCGCCCAGAGAUCCCUGCGACAUCGCGCAACUCCCCUAGGACCUCAUCGCAAACUGGAGACCGUUCCUCGCCCUCGAAAUCACCGCGGAGGCAAUCCAAGGAGCCCAACCCGCGCCCCAGACAUGGGCAAACUGGAGCAUCACGACGGUCUUCCACAAAAUCAAAGGAAACGCCGCUGUCGACAGUCGAUGAUCGAUCAAUAAUGCCGCCCAGGACAGUGGACUGGCUAAAGAAGGAUCGGAAACUCAUGAACUUCACCAAGUUCGAACCGCCGAGCUCGCCAACAAUAUCCGUUGCUUCUCGUCAGUUCGAUAAACCUCGUCGACCGUUCCCUCGCUCUGUUCAAGUCCAGGUCCCACAGACGCCUGGCUCGCCAAUAAAAUGUUCCCCUGUUGAUAUUGUCCCAGCGAAGACAGCCCAGAGUGCCCGUGCGAACUCGAACGGGCACCUAUCUCCACGGUCGACCUCAGCCGCCUCACAUUCACCCAAGGUCCCUGCCGUUCCCAAAUUAUCACCGUUCCAACAAUAUCAGCAGUCCCGUUUGUCGCAGGAAGCAUCUCUCCGAAUCAUUAACUCUUCCUCUCAGCUGCCGAGGUUUGAAUAUCGGAGGUGGCUCCAUCAACAAUCUAGUCAACUGGAGAAGAAUUCUCCUAUGCAAGAUGAGAGUAUUCUGCAAGAAGAGACUUUUUUGCAGGAGGACAGUCCCCUCAAAGAAAAAUCCAUAGUCGAUCCCGCACCCGCCAGGCCUAGUCCCGCUAGGGACCAAGUGUUGGAACCUGCUGAACCUGAACCUUUGGCUCCUGAAGAAAUAACAGUCCACAAUGAGGGCCCUGCAACGAAAGAUGCAAGCAACAUGACUUUGUCGAAAGAAACAAGGUUCGCAGAUGAGGAAGAUGUUAUAGAUGACAAUCUUGGGGUAGAGAUCGCAGCAGAAGGUGUUGCCGAGGGCGAGGCUGCAGCGGAAGAUGUUGCAAACGAGGAAUAUACAUCGACACUCCACAACACAGAUAUCUCUGCACCAACCGAACCGAACACCUACGAUGAUCUCCCUUCUGCUCAACAGGUGCCAGCACCUUUGGGAGUCUCAGAUCGGGUAACAUCAUUACACUCGACGGCUUUGCCAAGAGCAGAUUCUGGACCAGAUCCACAGCCAAGCCCUGAUAACCAGCUUUCGACCCAGGCUGCCCUUUUGCAUGCCCAGAAGUCUUUUCAAGACGACCUGGACAGUGCAGAAUAUUACAAUCAACAUACACCGGAUCCGGACCGGGCAGUCCAUUCCCUCAAUGCUUCGCUUCACUCAGCAAAUGUCACUCCAUUCUACCGUCUAGAUGAGUCUAUUCGACGUGACCUAGAGCGGAGUUCGAGAUCCAUGAACAAGGACCGGAUGCAAGCAAUGAGCACGCAGUUCAUACUUGAUGCAGCUACACCUUUCAAUUUCAGCACUGAGCAAGUUGGCCAAGAUCGGAGCUUGAAACCUACGAACCGAAAUAUAACGCAAUCCUUGAAUACGCAAUUCAUGCUCGAUGCAGCUACACCCUAUGCUUUCAGCACAGAGAAGAGACCGCGCGCAUCCCGGCCAGACUUAGGUUAUCCUACAGCCAGAAGCUCCAAGAGAAAAAGGACGGCCAAUGUCGGAAACCCAUCCCCUCCUACUAGGAGUCAAUCUACAUCUCCUGACAACGAAUAUCACACUGCGGACGAAGAAAGCCCAGGAUCAGUGGCCCAACAGUUGGGUUAUCAACCAACUUUUCAAUCUGCCACAGAGGUCGCGUCCUCCCCCCUCACCCUAAACGAAUCGACACCAACGACAGGCCAGGAUGGACAAGGUGGAAUGGAGAGUUUCAACCUCAGUCAGGCAAUUGCAGAUGCUGGUAGUUGGCUUCAACAAAGUUUUGAUUUCAUGAAGGACAACGGUCGCCCAAGUCAGAAUCUCAAGGCGAUUCCUACUUCCGAUGCGCACCCAUCCCCUUUACACAUGGAUCUAUCUCAAUAA